UGCCGUGCCGCCGAGCGCGUCAAUAGUCCGAGCGCAUCGUUGUUCACCAUGAACCUGUUUCUACUUGUCGUGUUAUUAAUGUACAUCGCCUCGGCCGCCGCCGAGUCGUGCAUCGUUCAGCAGAAGAAGGAGCAGCCGAAUAUUCGGGUGGUCGAGUUAGACGACGAUUCAAGCAGCGAGUCCAGCGAACAGGAAAUCCUGGCCCUCCACCUGCCCGACCGGCGAAGAAGAGAAAUCGAUAGCCAGAGGAGGAACGGUUCCUGCAGAAAGGACGACGAUUGCGGCCCGGGGGCAAUCUGUCUCGCGCCUUUUCCAGUCUGCGUGAAGGGAAAGUGGCGGACCAUAGAGCCCCUGGAGACGCGCACUGCCAAUUAAAAAUACCAGGGAGACGAUCACGACAACUGGGGCUCCCGCCGACACGUGUGACGACACGACGAGAACAAAAGUGCGCCGAUAAAAUUCGCGCGGGGGAGCAACGCCGCGCCCUUUGGCGAAUAAUAUCAGCGUGUCCGCGAAUCAAUCGGACGAUUGAUUCCCCAUCAUCGCCCAUAUCCAUCCAGCCGGAUGGAUAUCUCUGUUUGCUUAUCUGUAUUUCGUAGGCCGAUGAAAUUUCCACCGCGCCGCGCGUCCGUCCCAUUGUCGGCGCAUGAAUAUAACAUAAACCCAAAAUAUCGAGCACGCGUUUAAUGGCGGCGGCGAGCGCGCCGUAGUAAAGCGGUUAAGUUACAUUUUACACGCGGAUUCGGAACGUCAGCGGACAGGGAUACGAGCGACGUAAAAGCCGGCCGCGGAAAAACAAACAGUAUCGCCGCGCGCUAACAUAUGGCGCCGUGCGAUCGGGGCUCAUUAACGGCGACGGAAACGUAGGAAUAGCGGGCGUGGAGAGAGAGAGGGAGAGAGAGGGAGAGAGAGAGAGAGAGAGAGAGAGAGAGAGAGAGGAGAUCGUAAGAAAGGAGGGUUACAGAGCGUUCUUCUCUCCUCUCCUCUUUUCUCCUCUCCUCUCCUCUCCUCUCCUCUCCUCUCCUCGCCUCUCCUCUCCUCUCCUCUCCUCUCCUCCCGCCGUCGUAAAUUUAGUGAGAGAACAACUGUGCUUUCGCCUGCGAGAGAGCUCCGCUCUCGCAACCCCGCCGCAACCGCAACCCCGACGCGGCCGGCCGAGCGACGUGUUGCGCCGUCGAAAAACUUUGCUGCUCAUAGAUUUACACUCAAAAUCAAUUAGCGCGGUAAUUGACGAGCGCGGGCGGGCGAGCGAGCCGUGCGACGCGCUCCGCUCCGAGCGUCGCUCGAGCGGAGCCGUGACUAUCGGAUAUCGGCGAAAUAUCGCACAGGGAAAGAGGGUUAAUCGUCUCGAUUAUCACUUGGUAAAUUCCCGUCGACGCCGAGAGACUCUUUCCGUGUAAGCGUAACAAACUUGUCGCCGUCGCCGUCGCAAGUGCUAAUUGACGCCGAGCGACGUUUACGGCUGGUGAUUUGUAAAAUAUCGUCACCGCUGCACACCGUGCAGUCCGCGGUCCGCGGAGAACGUCGGUAAUUGUUAAAUAAAUAUCGUGCGCUUUAUAAUGCACCGCUUUUAACAGACGACAUGUCCGUUCAUUUCGCUCGGCCAUUAUCGGCGGGUAAUUGCGAUUUUUUAUUGAAUAUGGAUCGAAUCAGCGAGCGAAUCAAGCGUUUUUGUUACGUUUUAUUACAUUCGAUAUGAAAUCUAAAGGGCGCGAGAGGGGGUGAAAUAUUUCAGUGAUAUAGACAUAUUUUUCCAAUCUCCUGAUGAUGCAAAUGGCUUAAUCGAUUAUUCAGCGGUUGGUUGGCACGCCAUUUGCGUAGCGCGUUUCGAAUAAAAGUUACGUCCAAUAAUGCACGAAGGAUCAAGUACUCGUCGGUCAGAGAGGAAUUAUUGGCCUCAACGAGUAUCCCAGUCUGUGUCUCGUAAAACCUCGCGAAACUCGGCGACGGCAGCGGCGGCGGCGGCGGCGGCGGCGGCGGCGCGAAAAGAUUUACGAUUCCAGCAAGAGGAACGUAACAUCCGUAAUAUCCUUUCUUCGCGGAGAGACGGACGGUGAUUUUUCAUGCGGGCCAUUCUUCUCUCGUCACACGCGGCUUUUGGUUUAAUUUUAUUUUAAUACGGAAAAAAUGGAUCCCUCGAAACGCGGCUCCGUCCGCGUCGGGCUCCCGUUCUCUCCGGAGGAGGAUCGCGGAGGGAGGAACGGUCGUAAAUAUUUGCGCAACUCAUCGGCGGCGUCUGGCGGCACGCGCGACCAAAUUUCGGCCACGUCAAAAUAUUUAAAGUCGCGGGACGCAAUUAGCAAAGGCCGCCUCCGCUCGUUUAAUCGGCGCCGCCCAGCGAUCGUCGUUCAUUUUCUGCUCGUGAAAGCUUUUCGAGACAAUUUCUUUCUUCUUCCGUACUUUCUUCUUCCUACGCUGCUGCGCCUCAACGCGCUCUUUGUGUCUCGUACAUUUCAUCAGAUUUAACUUGAGAAACCUCAACUGAUCCGUUCCAGCCUUGUUCUCGUCUGUACUGUUGUUUAUGUUAUCGCAAGCAUUUCGAGGUGGGUGCUUUUCGACACUUGGCAAUUAGCUGACACAUAUAAUAACGAUAAUAAUAACUUUAUG